ACCAUCAUUAUAGAAAUCUUAGUAUUAAAAUCUAGAAAACAAAGAUGAAUAAUCCGAGCACUUCAAUCUCAAUGAAUUUGCCAAGCAGGUCGAGCGCUAUCCCACAGCAAGUACAGUCAUACAAUAACCAAUCAGUAUCCGGGAGUUACGAAUCAUGUGACUCAGAGUCAGUGAACUCUGAAGAAGAGGAAGAUCUCGAGGAUUACUGUAAAGGUGGCUAUCAUCAUACGAUGAUUGGUGACACUUUCGCUGAUGGUAGAUACACCAUCGUCCGUAAACUUGGAUGGGGACACUUUUCCUUGGUUUGGUUAGCUAAAGACCAUAAAACAAACAAACACGUUGCUCUCAAAAUUGUUAAAUCCGCUCCACACUACACAGAGACUGCACUCGAUGAGAUAAAAUUAUUACAACGCCUCGUCAGCUCUGAACCUCGUCAUGCAGGUCGGAGGCAUUCCGUUCUCUUACUGGAUCACUUCCGUCAUAAAGGUCCAAAUGGUAGUCACGUAUGUAUGGUUUUUGAAGUUUUAGGUGAGAACUUGUUGGGUUUGAUUAAGCGUUAUCAACAUAGAGGUGUCCCUAUACCAAUCGUCAAACAAGUCGCAAAGCAGGUUUUACUCAGUUUAGAUUACAUGCACAAUAAAUGCGGUAUCAUACACACCGAUAUAAAACCUGAAAAUGUUUUAAUUUGCAUUGAUGACGUUGAAGCAGUCGUUAGAGCUGAAUUAGAGAACACCCCUCAAGCUGUACCAACGAAAUUGGUCGGUGUACCACCUUCACAAGGUAGAGGUGGUGCUCAAACUCCUAGAAGGGAAGGUAUCUUCAUUACAGGUUCACAACCACUUCCUUCUCCAUCAAGUUCUCUAGUUGGUAGUCCAAUGAUGGAUAAAUGGAGUUUUGGUAUGUCGAAAAUAUCAGGUGUACCUGGUAUUGGACAAUCACCUAGUAGCUUUAAAUCAACCCAAGUUAACAAUGGUUUUGCAUCUGCUACUGAUACCAUUGGCCAAGAUCUCAAAGAUGAUAAUUACUUUGGCGAGAAGACAACUGCCAAAGCACCAAAACCACAAGGACCUUCUUUGUUAUCUCAACAAGCUCCAAGUUCACAACCAAGUACAAGUGCAAAUACUGCAAAUAAUAGUACAUCUAAUAUCCCCACAACCUCACAAACUACACUAACAAAUCAAAAUCCACAACCUGGAGAACCAACGAAAAUAGCAUCAGAUUCACCAUUUUCUACAUCACUACCACAAGAUCCAAGACCUUCACAUGCACCACCACACUUACAACAACAACAACAUAGUCCGACAUCAGAAGAUAUACCAACCGCACCAUAUGAUCCUGAAAGUUUAGAAAGAUUAGCAUGUAAAAUUGCUGAUUUAGGUAAUGCUUGUUGGAUUGAUCAUCAUUUCACGAAUGAUAUACAAACUAGACAAUAUAGGUGCCCAGAAGUAAUUUUAGGUGGACAAUGGGGUCCUUCGGCCGAUUUAUGGUCAACAGCUUGUAUGAUAUUUGAGUUAAUCACUGGUGAUUACUUAUUUGAUCCUCAAGCUGGUUCAAAGUAUGGUAAAGAUGACGAUCAUAUGGCGCAAAUUAUGGAAUUAUUGGGAAAUAUUCCAAAAGAAUUUAUUAACGGUAAAUAUUCCCUCGAUUUAUUCAACAGGAGAGGUGAAUUAAGACGUAUACAUAAAUUACGAUAUUGGCCAUUGGAUAGGGUUUUAAGAGAGAAGUAUUUAAUGUCUAAAGAAGAAGCUGAAACCUUGACGUCAUUCUUACUACCAAUGUUAGAAAUCAACCCUGAAUUGAGAGUACAACCGAAAGAUUUACUUGAACAUGAAUGGAUACAUGGUAUAAUUACAGAUGGAGAAAUUGAAAGGAUACAUUAUGAACAUGCGCUUAAUAAUAAAUCACUGGAUGAAUCUGAUGCGCUUAAAUCCAUCGAUGAAGCUGUUAUACUUGGUGGUCUAACCUUAGAACAAAGACAAGCACAACAGAAACAUCAAAAAGAAUUACAACAACAUCUUAACGGUAGUACCAAUACAUCGUCGACACUUAAUAAUAUUCCUUUUACCAAUAGUUCAAAUUCACCUGCAGCUACUCCGCAAAUUGCUCAUGUAUAUGCACAUGGAUCAGUGGAGUAGAGAUUUUUCUUGCUUUCAUAUCUUUCAAAAUUCAAUUAGUCAUCCAAUCAUUUGAAUUAUCAACAAUUUCCAGAAAUUUAAUUACAUUUACUUAACAUUAAUUACAUUAUGGUAUGACUGUUUUUACUUCUUCAUUAUUGUAAACAAUUUUACUAUUAUUAUUAAUCUAACGGUUAUUAUUGAAAGUUCAUUAAUUUCUUUAUCCUAAACUCAUACGUGAAAUACCAUCUACACCUUCCCCACGUGAUUUUAUUGCUUCUUCUGAUGUAUACGAAGAACCAGUUUCUAAUGCUGACUCAUUGUCAUUAGUGUUUAAACCAAUAACGUUAUCAUUUCCCCAUUUUGCACCUGAACUUGCUGCUAAUCCUAAUGCUGUGGUACCAUAUCCCAUACCACUACCUUUACCUGGUGUACUUGCUGCAGCGACUACUGAACUUAAUUGUGGACUUGAUGAACGUGAAUUUUGUUGAUGAGAACUAUUUGAUCUUUUUGUUUUAAAGUUUGUGCAUGUUGUAUUAUUAUUAUUAUUAUUAUUAUUAUUAGAUCCACCGUUUGAAGUAUUUAUCGUUGAUGGACUAACUGAAAUCGCAAGACUUGGUGAAACUGCUCGUCUUUUCAUACUAUUAUAUGCAUAUGGUUCAUAUCUAUCUGUU